AUGAUAGUGCAGGAAAAUGGAUCCAGCGAGUUCGAAUCUGGUUUUUGCAAGCGAUGGUUCGAAGAAGCUCGCUCCGUUCUGAUCCUGGGCGACGGUAAUCUGAGCUUCUCUCGAACUGUAGCUGAAUCCGAGCCGGAUCUUCCAAUCACUGCUACCCCGAGUUUCUGGCUCGUUAUGGACACGACCGGAAUAUACAACGGUCUGCGACAAUGUGACAAUGUGCAGCUGUUGUUUGGUAUUGACGCGACUGCUUUACCGUCAGAUUGGACCGGGAAAUUCCACUAUAUUGUCAUGAAUUUUCCACAUCCGGGUGGGAAGACGAACUUGAGAAGGAGUCGAUUGCUAGCCAGUGGUAUAUUUCGGAGUGUUGGGAGCAUCAUGACUGAUGACAGUGAGUUUCACCUUACAUUGGCGCAAGGCCAAUCGGGAGUGCAGUACUGCGGCGGAUCCAAGUGGAGCUCACAUGUGCCCGUUCAUGAGAAGGAUAGCUGGCAAGCACUGUACCUGGCAGCUGAAGAAGAAACUUUCGAUGGAUAUAUUUCUUCUGGAUAUCGAUCAUCAGCAAAAGGAUUCAAUAACAGCAAGGGAGCUCAGCGAUUAGGUCUUCAAGAAAUCUGCUCCAGUGGAAUGUUUGGGCAAAGUCUCCGCCAUGGAAUGCCGUACUUUUAUCACGACAUCUCGUUUCUGUUCACUGAUGGAAACAUCGACGAAGGAGAGCGGGUAGCCCUCGAGUUACUUCGUGUAAAACUCACUGGAUCUGCUGUCGUCGAGUUCAAAGUGGAGAAUGCGAUCGAUGAUCUAUCGACUCACUUGGCAAGUAGUCGAAGUUGCUGUGGGAAAGCGAGCAUGCAACGCACUCCAGGAGGAGUUACGGGAGAAAAUCCAGGCAACUAUACGAGAAAGGAAUGCGUUAUAUUCUCACUUAAUAUUCGAUCACUUUGA